AUGGUCACUCAGCUUGCCAACAAUACACCCACCAAGACGGCCUCGCCCAUCCAGGUCCUUGGUGGCGGUCGGGAGUUCAUCUUGUCCGGCGUAGGCGCGGAUUACCGCUUUCACGUCGACGACGAUGACGAGCUCGUCCACGAUCACUUUGGUCCUGCCGCAUCGGGUCUCGCAACCUGGGAGUCGUCCGGCGGCAAUGGUUGGGGACGCAAGCUGCUCGACGAGCGGCGUGAGUUUCCUGACCUGGGCCGCGGUGACUUUCGAGUCCCCGCCGUCCACAUCCGCCACUCCACAGGAAGCACUGUGAGUGCAUUCAAGUUUGUGGGGUACGAUGUGGUCGCCGGCAAACCGCCCCUUCCUGGGCUUCCAGCAACAUUUGGUGACGCCUCUGAGGUGGCCACCCUCGUCAUUCACCUCGAGGACAAGCAUUCAUCCGUUGUGGCCGACCUUCGAUACUCCAUCUUCCCGGCCCACAAUGCCAUCGCUCGCAGCUUUACCCUCACCAACAACGGCUCCGGAACCAUUGAGGUGCAGCGCGCCGCUAGCUUUUCUGCGGAUCUUCCGUCUGGGGAGUGGGAGAUGAUCCAGCUGUCUGGCGAAUGGUGUCGUGAGGCCCGGGAAAUCCGCCGUCCCAUCAACAUUGGUACCCAAGGAUUCCAGAGUGCUACUGGCUACUCCUCGCAUUACUUCAACCCCUUUGUCUCCAUGGUACACUCCGACACUACUGAGACCCGCGGCCCUGCGUACGGAUUCAGCCUCAUCUACAGCGGCUCAUUCGCUGUGGACGUGGAGCGUCACGCCUUUGAUCUCGUCCGCGUAGCUAUCGGCCUCAACCCUCUUCAGCUCUCGUGGCCGAUUGCGCCAGGCGAGUCGUUCACCACUCCCGAGGCGGUCGCUGUCUAUGGCGAGGGUCUUGGUGGCAUGAGCCGCUCGCUCCACAACUUGUAUCGACACAAUCUCUCGCGGUCCAAUUUCACUUUUCUCGAGCGACCUGUGCUUCUCAACUCUUGGGAAGGUAUGUACUACAAGUUCACAGAGGACAUGCUUUACAAGCGUGCUCAGGACUGUGCCGACCUAGGCAUCAAGCUGUUUGUCCUAGACGACGGCUGGUUUGGGGACAAGCAUCCCCGCGUCCACGACAAUGCGGGAUUGGGCGAUUGGGUCGUUAACCCACGUCGUUUCCCCCAGGGGCUUGACCACCUUGUCAAGCGUAUCAACCAGUUGCCUGUCAAGGCAACAGAGAGCGGCACCACCGAUGGCCUCCAAUUUGGACUUUGGUUCGAGCCGGAAAUGGUCAACCCAGACUCGGAACUGUACGAGAACCACCCAGACUGGGCUCUGCACUCGGGCAACCACGCCCGGACCGAAGUCCGCCAGCAACUGGUGCUCAACGUCAGCAAGCGUGAGGUGCAGGACUACAUCAUCAAAGCCGUCGGCGCCAUCCUCCGCUCGACCAACAUCACCUAUGUGAAGUGGGACAACAACCGUGGUAUGCACGAAACCCCAUUCCCGUACACGUCGCAUGCCUACAUGCUGGGUCUAUACCGCAUUCUGGACACCCUUACGACCGAGUUCCCCGACAUUCUCUUCGAAGGCUGCGCGUCUGGUGGCGGUCGCUUUGACCCCGGUAUCCUCCACUACUGGCCUCAAAGCUGGACAUCGGAUGACACCGACGCCGUUGAGCGUCUCCACAUCCAGUUCGGCACGUCCCUUGCAUACCCGCCGAGUGCGAUGGGGUGCCACGUAUCGGCCGUUCCGAAUGAGCAAGUGGGUCGGACGACGAGUCUCGACUUCAGAGCACACGUCGCUCUUAUGGGUGGCAGUUUUGGCUUCGAGCUCCAGACAGAGAAGCUCAGCGCCGAGGAUCAAGCACAGAUCACUGGAUUGGUGUCGCUUGCGGAGCGAGUCCAACCGUACGUGAUCCACGGCAACAUGUACCGAUUGGCUGUGCCGGGCAAGUCCAACUGGCCCGCGGCGCUUUACGUCUCCGAGGACAAGUCCAGUGCAGUGCUCCUUGCAUACCAAAUUUAUGCUCGGAUUCGCGUCGACACUCCAAAGCUUCGCCUUGAAGGACUGGACCAGGACGCCACGUAUGACGUGGAUGGCGUGCAGUACACUGGGUCUGUUCUCACCCACAUUGGACUCAAGCUCAGAUGGGAGCCCGAGCAUCUUCCGGGAGCAGACUAUCAGAGCCGUGUACUGUUCAUUGCCAAAGUUUAG